CACCAUCAAAUCAACAAGUUCUUCGUGGUUCCACUCGCGAAGGUAUACGUGUACCUGUCCUCUUUGCUUCUGUUUUCUCACCAACCAGUUAAGACCUACCACGGUUAAAUACCCACAAGAAGUCGUAUCGAACGCGAAAACAUACAAAACCAUAGCCAGUGAAUAGCAGGGAUGAAAUAGUCAAGUUUGUCAAAUCGACAGUAACAGUUUCUUCUAGUUAUCAUCCACGAUCGUACGAAACAGUGAGCGAUAAAUUGAUCUUUGACCUGCAUAGUGAUCGAUAUUGCUACCAAGAUGACAAUUACGUGCGACAUACGCUAUGACAACAAUCCGCAGGGUAUAUUCUACGUUGGCCAAACGCUAUCCGGAAGUGUCGUUCUACAAGCGUCCGAACCAGAACCCGUCAAUGUUAUCACCGUGAAAAUCGAAGGAUUUACCGUAGUGCAAUGGACCGAAAGACGUCCCCCACAUGGCAAACGGCACCGAUCACGGCAAUUCAAUGGGCGUCAAGACUACUUUAAUACGCUCAUCAACCUGCUGGGUACAGAACAUGCCCCAGCCAUCACAAUACCUCAAGGAACAAAUGUCUACAAAUUCAGUUGCUCAUUGCCCGACUCACUUCCAACAUCCUUUGAAGGACAGUACGGUCACAUUCGAUACACCAUAACGGUUGUUAUUGAAAGACCUUCUCAACAGGAUACGACAUAUCGCGAAGCAUUCACAGUUCUUCGCAACGUUAACCUUAACGACACUCCUUCUCUGAGAGAUCCAAAAAUGAUAGAACUGAGCAAAACUUCCGGUUGGUGGAUCUUCAAAUCCGAUCCCAUGGAUAUUACCGUCGAGAUUCCUUGCACCGGUUACGUCUCCGGUCAAAGUAUUCCUGUAGUGGUCCGAUGGAAAAACAACAAUGCAGCUAUCCGAGGUAUCCGCAUCAAAUUGCACAAACACGAGACCUAUUCAGCUACAGAGCCUUACGAAAAGUCCAGAACCGACUCACACAGUACGGUAAAAAUCGAAAACCGAGACCACCAGCAGGAUGUGGACGGCACAUUUGAACGGAGUCUACUGAUUCCAUCGCUGCCACCGAGCAGCGUUAGUCCACUCAUUGUCAUAGCUUACGAACUGACAGUUUAUGUACAUCUUUCGGCCGACGACAUUCCUUCGUUCAAAGUACCGAUUACGAUCGGGACAAUUCCGUUGGUGGCGUUGCCUCCAUCCGCUAGACCGCCACCGCCCUCAGGCGGGGAUGAUCCCGAUCAACCACCCGGCUACCCACCAUCGUACGGGUUCAAGUUCGAUGGAGUCCCAUCGGAUGGACCCGCCGAUAAAGCCGGUAGCUCGAGUGCGUCCACGACGACUGCUGCCACCGGAUCGACCCUUGUACCCGAUGCGACAAGUAGUGCACCAAUGCAGCAGCAUGAUCUACCACCACCCACAUACGAGGAAGCAAUGAGCACCGUGACUAACACAGAUGGAGACGAAGGUCCAGCCCCUAUGGAUCCCAACAAACCAUUCAUCCCUCUGUAUCCAGUAUACAACUUUGGUGACCCAGGUUCAGGGCAGCAAUAAUUUUCUUCAAAUAGCAUUUUUCAUGUACAAGCAUUAUACUAUAUUCAACCCUAAUCGCAAUUAAUUCUUAAUGAAUGAAAUAUGUUUGGUGCGCCCGGGA